AUGCUCCGCGCGGGGCGUGCUGCCCUUGGCCUGGCCCUCGGCGUCGAGGCCGCGUCUUUGCCCAAGUCCCUGGGCAGUGUGAGCUCCUUGGGCGGCCGGUGCUUCGAGUCCGAGGGGGGCGGCUUCAUCGGCUCAGCUCCGGAGGGCGCUGUGGUGUGGGACAUCGAUGCGCCCUGCGGCCCUGGGAAGGCGUACAUCCAUGCCGCACCAGGGGCUGAAUGUGCGCCAAUGACUGCAGGCGCGGGGCCCUUGGUGCACCGCUACAUCAGCGCGGAGGUGGCAGAUGCCGAUGGCUUCGCGGGGCUGGUGGGCAGCUGUGGAAGGUUGCCGGAGGCUGCAGGCCCCGAGACCACUUGGAAGGUGGCCGAUGCCCGCCGCGGGGGCGCCUGCGCGGAGGAGGCGCUCACGGCUUUGGGCUCGUUGGGUCGUCUGCUCACGCGGUCGGCCAAGGAGCGGAUCCGCUCCUGCACGCUGAAGGGCUACACCAGCGGCGCCCUGCCGGUGCAGCUGCUGAAUUGGACCCCGGACGAGGGCCAGUGCCUGGAGCUGGUGCCCGGCGUGGGCGUGGUGGUGCACGAGGGGAGCUUGAAGAAGCCCACGGACCCCGAGGAUGACGAGCAGGUCAUCCCUGAGCCCAACGUGGGCAACUUCCUGAUCGCUCCCGGGAAGGAGCCCUGGGUGGCGGUCUACGUGCCUCAGGGCAGCAUGGUGGCACGGGUGUCGCUGUACAACCUGAGCAAGCCUUCCAAGCUGGUCAUGGAGCUAAACCUUCCCAAGAAGGUGAAGGACUGCCAGAUGCUCUGGAACUUCGAUGGCACCGCUCUCUUGGCCAACGCAGGGGGCUCACAGGAUGGUCAUCAUCCAAAUUGGGCGAUUCUUUGCGGGGCAAGGAACCCUAUAAGGAAGAAGCCCGUUGCAUCGCAACUCAACGCCAUGCCGUCUUCUGAGCCCGCGCAGAAAGCGUCCACGCACAUGCAAGAUGGGCACGACACGGUGGACCGAGACACGGUGUUCGCCAACUACAAGUCCCAUGGCCACACAGAGAGGUCGGUGUUCUCCCUGCAGUUUGCGGUGUCGCUGAUGGUGGAGUUCAUCGGCACCAUGUUCUUCCAGAUUUUGGGAGGCUCCGCGGCGAAGGACAUGGGUGCGUUUGUAAACGCCUUUGCGCUGGCGGUGUGGAUCUACGUGGCGGCCAACAUCUCGGGAGGGCAUCUGAACCCGGCUGUCAGCUUUAGCACCUGCGUGUGCGGCUUCUACCCUCUUCUCCAUACCAUCGUCUACGUUUGCCUCCAGGUUUGCGGGGCCAUUUGUGGCGCCUGGGCCUUGUCGGGCUUGGUCCCGGGCGCCUCCGCCGGGAUGGGCGACGGGGGCCCUGGGUGCUUCGACAGCACCGUGGUCUCGUCCGAGCUCACCCGCACGCAGGUCUUUUGGUGGGAGUGCCUCAUGACCUUCACGCUGAUCAGCUGCGUCUACGCCUGCGGCGUGGCGAAGCCGGGGCACGGGUCCCACACCCCGCUGGCGGUGGGCUUGUCGCUCUUCGCCUGCGCGGCCAGUGGCGGGCAGUACACCGGGGGCGCCCUGAACCCCGCGCGCGUGCUAGGCCCGCGUGUCAUCUUCAAAUGCGGCGAGGGCUGGGCUGGCCUCUACGUGGGCGCUCAGAUGCUGGCGGCGGUGUUCGCCAUGUCCGUCUUCGCCUUCGUGUCGGGGCUGGGGCCCUUGAAUCCGCGGGUGGCCAAGAGUGCGCUUGGCCUGUCCUGGCCGGAGGCCAUGUUCUUGUGGAUCACGGGAUCGCCGCCCUCGCGGCUGCAGGUCACCGGCAAGGAGAACAUCAGCGACUUCCAUCACCAAAUCAAGAAUUACCAUCGCGACCGGAACAUGCCCUCGGAGGACAAGAAGUCCAACGGUGGUGUGGCAUCGUGGCUGGAGGGUCUCCUUGGCGUCAAGCAGUUCAAGCACCUCGAGGCCAUGAGUGAUGUGGACGAGUCGGGGAACUCGUACUUCGGGAGCACGUACCUCUACUGGCUGAAGCCGGAUGAGAGAAAGAAGAUGGAGGUGUGCGGAGUGGACAAGGGCCUGGUGCAGGAUUUGGCCUGGUCGCCCUGCAGCAACGAGUUCAUGGUCAUUGUGGGCAUGCUGCCGGCAGCCAUGAACCUCUACAGUGGUGCCACCGGGAAGCUCGAGAAGAGCCUGGGCCAGUCGAAGCGGAACACCCUGAAGUGGAACCCCUUUGGCCGCUUCGUGGCUGUCGCCGGUUUUGGGACGCUGCCGGGGGAUCUGGACUUCUACGAUCGCAGCAAGGACGAGACCGUGGCGUCGCUGCGUGCGGCGCUCACCGUGGACUGCUCCUGGUUCGGGGACGGCAGGCACUUCAUGGCUGCCACGGUGGCCCCGCGCAUGAACGAGGGCAAUCAGAUCACGGUGUACAAGUACACUGGCGAGGCCAUCCUGAAGAUCGACUUCAAGCCGGACUUCGUGGCGGCUCGCCACGAAGACACCGGCGCUGGUGCCAGGACUAAGACGCAGGCGCUUCUGUUCGCUGCGCGCUGGCGGCCAAGCAUUGGAAAGCACGAGGAUCGGGCGGCGAGCCCGCCAAGAGAUGGGGAGAAGCGAGUGAAAGGUUUGCCCACCGCGCUGGCGCCGGGGUCCGGGCACGUGCCCCUCACCAACGCGUACCGCCCGAGGAAUGCGGAGGGCGGCGGCGCUGGCACUGUGGCUGCCAUGAUGCGCGGGGAGGUGGCCAUCCCUGAAGGGCCCCAGCGCGAGCGCACCGAGCCCUGGGAGACCAAGCCUGUGGCUCCAGCGUUGGAAGAGUGGGAGAUCAAGAAGCUGGAGAAGGAGGCCAAGAAGCUCGCAGAGCAGCGGGAGAAGGAGGCCAAAGAGAAGCACCAGCAAGCCUUGAGGGAUGUGGUGCAGAAUGAGAAGGACACCAAGAAGAGGAUCAAGGAGCUCAAGCAAAUGCUCGAGGAGCUCGAGAAGUUGAAGGAGAAGGACUGGGAUGAGCUCACGGAAGAGGAUGAAGUGGAGCUGGACCGUGAAGCUGCUCUGAGAGCCGAGCUCACGGCGCUGGAGCAGAAGGGCUAG